AUGGAUAAUGAUUUAUGGGGAAUGAUAGCCCUAAGGGAGAGCGUAGAAGAAUUGGGUUACAACAUGUUAGAUAAGUUUAAGUAUUUUAUAGUGACAGAUACUCACCAUUUAAUUGAAGUUGUUAUUGAUAGUGAUUGUUGGAAAAUUUGUAAUGGCUCUGUAGUUCCUAAGAAAAUUGAGGUUUGGGUUGUACCAGCAAAUUCUGAGGGUGAUGGUGCAGGUGAGGGUGAAGGGGAAGCUGCAGAAUUUGAAGAAAAGGGUGAUGAUGAAGAGUUGGAAUUGUAUGACUAUAGUGAUGCUGAGUUGAAUGAAAAUGAGGAAGAUGACAAAGAGUAUGAAGGUAAUGUUGAUCCAAAUGUAGAGUAUAAUGGGGUUGGAGUUAGUAAUACACGUGAUUCAAAAGAUUCUAGUGCAAAUAUAGAUUGUGUGGGGCUAAAUAUGUCUGAUGAAGAGAGUGGAAAGGAGACUGAUGAUGAAGAGAGAACUAAAUGGCCAGUGUUUAAGUCAAAUACUGAGAUGAAGUCUAUUAAAUUUGAAUGUGGAUUAACAUUUGCUUCUAAAAAAGAAUUUAAGGAUGCAGUCCUCAACUACGUGUAUAGUAAUGGCAAGGAAUUACAGUUCACUAAGAAUGACAAAGAAAGAAUGUAUGUUAGAUGUAGACAAGCUGGUUGCCCUUUCAAAAUCAAUAUGUGGAGAGUAAAAAAUGCAAUGUCUUGGAGAAUUACAACUUUCUAUGAAGAGCAUGAGGGGUGUGGCUGGGUAUACAAAAAUAAAAUGGUUAAGUUUAGUAGAGUUGCAAAUAGAUGGAAGAAAGAAGUAAUGCACCAUAUGAGUUGGACAUCAACUGAGUUUAGAGAUAAGGUUAAGGCUGAUGAGGGCUUUGAGUUAAGCAACAAGCAAGCAUAUAGGGCAAUUACAAAAGCCAAAGAAUCAAUUGAAGGGGAGGCUUUAGAUUUCUUCAAAAAGAUUUGGGACUAUCGCUUAGAGAUUCUGAAAACUAAUCCAAUGACCAAAUGCAUAGUCAAGCUCAGUGAUUUAGAAUAUGAAGGAAAAAAGAGAUUUCUUCGGAUGUAUUUGUGUUGCGAUGCUUGCAAGGAGGGUUAUAAGUUUUGUAGACCCAUCAUUGGGGUUGAUGGAUGUCACUUAAAACACAAGUUUGGAGGGGUACUAUUAACAACAGUGGGAGUUGAUGGAAAUGAUAGCAUCUUCCCAUUAGCAUAUGCCAUUGUUGAAGGAGAAAACAAGAAGUCUUGGACAUGGUUCUUGGAGUUGCUUAAAAAUGACUUGGUGAUAACUGAGGAAGCACAACACAAGUUGACAUUCAUCUGA